GCCAUUAUCUCUCAACCCUCACGCCUCUGGUGUUUCUUGUGAUAAACAUUAAUUUGACUUCUCAAAACAAAGGCGUCUAACCCUAUAAAUACGUUCGACCCGAGUCAGCGUCCACACAGAACUCCCAAUAAACAUCACGGACGCUGAAAGUUGACAUCCAGCAAACUUCACAUUGGGCGCCAUGUUGUUGAUUAGUUUACUCGCCUUCUGCGUCUCUGUUGUCCUUGCAGAAGACCACUGCAGAGACGUGAAGGGAUCCAGAUGGCUACCCGACCCAAACGAUUGUACCAGUUUUUACGUCUGUUUUCAUGGAAUGGAAUUUAAAUACACUUGUCCGACAAACACGGUGACAGAUGUUGUAAGUCGCGCAUGCGUCCCAAAGGGGUCCCGACUGGACACAUGUAAAAAAGGACAAGGAGCACCUGACACGGGUAAGGAAAAACCAACUGUCGACCAAGGGAAGUUAAAUACUGACGAAGUGAAGCCAACUGUCGACCAAGGCAAACCGGAUGUUGACCAGGGGAAACCCAGCUCUCAACAAGUAAGACCGGAUGUUGACCAGGGGAAACCCAGCUCUCAACAAGUAAGACCGGAUGUUGACCAGGGAAAGCCAUCGUUAGGCGGCCUGACCGUGAUACACGCCCAGACCGUGUGUCAAUCAACCCCCCGGGAUAGACUUCCUCACUCUAACUGUGCCAAGUACGUGGACUGCCACUCCGGGGUCCCACAGGUUCACGAGUGUCCCUAUCCUCAACUGUAUGACACUACCACCGAACAGUGCCAGCACCACGAUCAUAUCCAAUGUCAGUCCAGGAAAGAGCCAAAAUCACCUUGUGACUACGACGCAUACCAAUGCGGAAUGUCUUCCCACUGUGUUCCGUGUGAGGUACGUUUCCCCAGUUGUGAGGGGGCUGAGGAUGGUCCCAACCCAUGGACAGGUCGGGAGUGGACACCUUACUUCAUUACGUGUUACAAGGAACGUCUCACCUUCCAAUCAAAGUGCACAUUGGACGCCUCCAAUGCAGGGAGCUAUGUGUUCGACCCCAUCAAGAAACAAUGCGUGGAUGCCAAGAAGCUGGAUGUCACCAGGUUAUAAAUCUAUAUAAUAGUGAUUAAAUAAUUUGUUAUUUGUUGAUUUGAUAUGAGAUUUGAUAUUGUAUAUUCAUCAUGUGAAUGGUACAGCAUUGUUUUAUAAUAAAUUAAUAUGAACUAUUUA